CCACAAUCGGGACACGACUCUUUCAUCCACAAGUUCAUUGUUGACUUGAUCGACCUACCCACGGUAGCUGCUCUGCAGGGUAGAUUCUACUUCUUUCUAAAGGCUCAGUCCAGCCGAUCCUUCGUCCAGAGAUGGCAGCCUCGGCGGUGUCCUACAAGGAACGGCAAUUCCUCGCCGUCAUCGGCGACGAAGACUCCGUAACCGGUCUCCUUCUCGCGGGUAUCGGUCACGUCACAGACGGCCCGGACGCCCAGCGGAACUUCCUCGUCGUCGACUCCAAGACCGAAACGUCUGCUAUCGAGAAGGCGUUCCAGAACUUCACCCAGGAGAGGAAAGACAUUGCCGUGCUGCUGAUCAACCAACACAUUGCCGAACGCAUCAGACACAGCGUCGACUCCUUCGCGGACCCCUUCCCCGCCGUCCUCGAGAUCCCGAGUAAAGACCAUCCCUAUGACCCCGAGAAGGACAGCGUGCUUAAGCGCGUGCGGCGGCUAUUUGGUGAAUAGAUGGUAACUGCUAGGUUUAUUUUGUUUUCAGCACCUUCAUUAGUUAGGAUGUGUUCUAGGGUGGCCGUGCGCGCCGUGCGAGUCGUGGGAAGAUACCCGAUUAUCUAGGAUCUAUGCAC